UUUCAGUGAAGCAUAUUGUUGCUGAUGCGUGGGGGCCCCUAACUUCAAUCUUAGCUCUGUUUGGUUGCUGAGAAAACCUGGGAAAUGAAAACAAAAUCGUGAUUUUUCUCCCGAAUGUUUUUGGCAGGAUUGCCUACUAGGGUGGGCCAGUGGUGGGAUGGCAUUCCAUUCCUUACUUCUUCUGUGGUGGUCGCUUGUGGGAUUAUAUACCUGGUCUGCCUCUUAGUUGGAUAUGACUCCUUUUUUGAAAUAUGCUUCUCGCCCUCAGCUGUUUUAUCACAGUUCCAAGUUUACAGGAUUUAUACCUCCAUCUUUUUUCAUGGUUCACUACUUCAUGUUCUGUUCAACAUGAUGGCGUUGGUUCCUUUGGGUUCUGAAUUGGAGAGAAUCACGGGAUCUGUCCGCUUGUUGUACAUGAUCAUUCUAUUGGCUACAAGCAAUGCUAUUUUUCAUCUUCUCAUUGCACUAGUGGUGGCACAUAAUCCUUUUCACCCUUAUCUGUUUCUCAUGAAUGAGUGUUCUAUAGGCUUCUCAGGAAUCUUAUUCUCUAUGAUUGUGAUCGAAACAAGUUUGAGUGGAGUCCAAUCAAGGAGUAUCUUUGGACUCUUUAAUGUGCCCGCCAAGUGGUAUCCAUGGAUCUUGCUGAUCGUGUUCCAGCUUCUGAUGACAAAUGUCUCAUUACUUGGACACCUAUGUGGAAUUUUGUCUGGAUUUGCAUAUACUUAUGGCUUAUUCAACUUCUUAAUGCCUGGACCAUCUUUUUAUUCUGCCAUUGAGGCCUCUUCUUGGCUUUCAUCUUGCAUAAGGCGACCUAAAUUUAUUCUUUGCACUGGCGGGAAUUCAGCAGGCUACAUCCCUACACAUUCGAGCCAAAAUACAACUUCUAGUGGAUUAUUGUCUGGAAAUAUUUGGAGAAAUUGGUCCUCAUGGAUGCCACGAAGGGAAUCAUUUGCUCAGUCAACUCAGGACAAUCAAAGAUUUCCAGGGAGGGGAAGGACACUUGGAGCUGUGCAAAGUCAAACAGUUUCUGCUGAUAAUUCAGAUUCAAACCUACAGGCUAGACUCUUGGAUAAUAGCAGCCCAAAUCAUUCUUUGGAUGUGGCAGCAACUGGUACAGGACAACGGUUAUCUGAUGGAAGGCAGCAAGCAGCGGAUAAUCCAGCAGCUUUAGUCCCUGCACGCCAUCAGGGUUCAGUGGCUUCCGAUGAAGAAAUCCAAAAACUUGUAUCAAUGGGCUUUGAAAGGACACAGGUAGAAGUUGCACUAGCAGCUGCUGAUGGGGAUCUGAAUGUGGCAGUGGAAAUUCUCAUGAGCCAACAGGGAUAAAAAAUGCUAAACGAGCUUUGAUUUCUCGUUUACACCUGCCAUGAGCUCAGUUCCGUUGGCCUGGUUGCCGCGUCCUAUCAGUGAUUGGAUUGUGCAUUUGUGUUUUCCCAAUACACUUCUUGUAGCCAUUUAUACAGGCUGAGACCGACGAGGGAAACAUAUACUAACUAACUCAUGCUAAACAGUAUUAAAAAACGAAAAACAAGCAGCCACAAAAAAAGUUUGUAAACAUGUUUCGACGAACUGAAGCAUUUGGAGUCGAAUUAAAAAGUGUAUCUUUACUUUUCCUUCAAACUCGUUUAUUGUGGUCUUUGCUUUUGAAAUUUCAUAAUCCAAAACAAUGUUCAA